ACAAGCAGCGUCUUCUUCAAAUGCUCCUCAACUCAAACUCGUGAAAAUUAUGCCCGUAAUCCAUGCCAAUCUCAGCCACGUAACAAAUUUCCGUCCAAUUCCAUGCCUCAAAUAUGGAAUUUCGAGUAAGAAUCAGAAAUGUCAUCGACGUGGGACAAUCAGGGCCGCUGGAACUGAUCACUAUUCGACUUUGAAUGUCGGUCGGAACGCCACGUUGCAGGACAUCAAGACUUCUUACAGAAAGCUUGCACGUAAGUAUCAUCCGGAUAUAAACAGGAGUCCUGGGGCAGAAGAAAAGUUCAAAGAAAUAAGUUCUGCGUAUGAGGUCCUGUCAGAUAAUGAGAAAAGAUCUUUAUAUGACCGCUUUGGUGAGGCAGGUAUAAAUGGACAAUUUGAUGGAUCGGGCGGUGGUUCAGAGGGGGUUGAUCCAUUUGAAAUAUAUAAUGCAUUCUUUGGUGGUUCAGAUGGGCUCUUUGGAGGAAUGGGUGAGGCUGGAGGCAUUAACUUCAAUUUGAGAAGCAAAGGAAAGUGGAGUUUGGACAUUCAGUACGACCUCCAUUUGAGCUUUGAAGAAUCAAUUUUUGGAGGACGGCGUGAAAUUGAAGUUUCUUGUUUUGAAACAUGUGAUAACUGUGGUGGAACAGGUGCUAAAUCUAGUAGUUGCAUUCAAUCAUGUAAUGCUUGUGGCGGUAGAGGGGGGGUUACAAAAACCCAGAGAACACCAUUUGGAAUUAUGUCACAGGUAUCUACUUGCUCCAGGUGCGGUGGUGAUGGCAAGAUAAUAACUGAUCGUUGCCGAGUAUGCAGUGGCAAUGGUAAAGUACAGUCAAAGCGAAGUAUGGAAGUGGUUAUCCCACCUGGUGUUCAUGAUGGGGCCACCAUGCAAAUUCAAGGAGAGGGGAGUUUUGAUAAGAUGAGGAGGAAGGCUGGUGAUCUCUUCAUAGUCCUACAUAUCGAUGAAAAACAAGGAAUUCAGAGGGACGGCCUUAAUCUUUACUCAAAGAUAGAUGUUGAUUAUACUGAGGCGAUUCUAGGGACUGUAAAAAAGGUAGAAACUGUUGAGGGAAUGAAAGAUCUUCAAGUUCCUUCUGGGAUACAGCCUGGAGAUGCAGUUAAAUUGCGACAUAUGGGCGUCCCCAACUUCAAUAAACCUUCUGUUCGGGGUGAUCAUAUCUUUAUAGUGAACGUUCUGAUUCCCAAAGAUAUCAGUGACACAGAACGUAUACUUGUUGAGGAACUAGCUUCUCUUAAAUCAUCUCGUAGAGGCCAUUCGGUUUCUUCCAACAAUACAGAAACAGCCCAUGGCAACUCGGACCAAGAUAGAGAUCACAGAAAACAUACUUCAAGCCAAGGGACCAAACGUUUUGGGAAUUUAUGGAAUUCUAUUAAGGACUUUUUGGGGCAAAGGCAAUCCGAAGAAAGGUUUGCAUCAAUUAGUGUCGACUCACCACAAUCGCUGAAGGUUAGCAAGCCAGAUUCUUUGCUCAUGGUUUCAGCUUUUACAGUGUUUUCUGUAACUUUUAUUAUUAACCUGAUGACAAAGGCAAACAAAUGUGUGUCACUGCCACAAAGAGAUCAUAAAAUGCAAUAAGAACACUACAAUGGCAUUUUUCUGGCCUUAUUGAA